AUGGGAAGCUUCGUCUUUAGAUGGCCGCACCCUGAUGCGUCGGACGUCCAUGUCACCGGCACAUUCGAUGACUGGGGGAAGAGCGUAAAACUGAACAAAGUCGGGGACAUCUGGGAGAAAGAGGUCGAAUUGCCCUCUGCGGACACCAAAAUCCUUUACAAGUUUGUGGUUGACGACAACUGGGUUAUCGACUCCCAGGCACCACAGGAGGAUGAUGGCCAUGGCAACAUUAACAAUGUGCUGUAUCCCGACAAGAUCAAGCGCAAGACAGAAACCGCUCCCGAAGCCGUGACCACGUCCAGCGCGGCACCCGAGAGCACCACGGCCCAGCUGGCUGGUCAAGUGCCGCUGGAGCCUCGAAGAGAAGCCACCGAAGGCGCAUUUCCCGAAACUCCCCAGGCCCAAAAUGAGAAGACCGAGUCGGAGUCCUUCAGCGUCAAUCCUCUGCCGGCCACUAGCGGGGCUGGAAACCCGAUUGAUCUUCCAGCUGGCGAAAAGGUCCCUCCUCCAAGCGAGAUUACUUCGAAUAGUAUCUAUUCUAGCGUGACCACAUCACAGGAUGACUAUGAGAAGGCUGGCAGCUCCAGCCUGCCCUUUGUUGGCGGAAUCGCAAGCAUGGGUGCCGGACUGGCAGGUGCCCUCGGAUUCGGCGCAUCGGAAAAGAAGGAAGAAAAGAAGGAAAAUCUGAUACCAGAAUCCUCUCUUCCAAUGGGUUCAGAGGCAGGCAAUACGCUUGAUGUCGGCCCGACGAUCUCUUCUGCUGGGCCAACUUCUACCACCGCUGAGCUAGCCGGCAAAGUGCCUCUCGAAGAGAAAAAGCCAGCCACAGUGGUUGAGCCCGAGUCUAGCGUUCCCGAGGUAGUCAAGGAGUCCAUUGAGGAGGCGCACGUCUCCCCUGAGGCAGCUGCAUCGGCUGAGGCGGUUCAGGAGAAGGCCGAAGUCGAGCAGGAACUGUUGAAAAAGGUUCCCACCGCCGACGAGGCUGGUGAACCAGCACCAGCAAUUGCUGCGGCCACCUCUGCUACCGCCCCCGCUCCCACUUCCUCAACCUCGAAGCCAUCCACUCAGUCAGGCGCAGUGGCUGGCACGGCCCCAUCCGCAGCCGCCGCGCUCUCUGAUGGCGCCGCAGACACUGAGACCCCAGCUGUGGUGUCUCAUUCUAAGGUCCCAGCAGAGAAAACCGAAGGAGAUGUUACUGAAUAUGCGCCUCCGCACACCACCUCGACCGUCGCUCCUGGUGUGUCUGAGGCAGCGGCUGCAGCUGUGUCCGACGGUGCGGAGGAUCCCACACUGGCUGAUGAGCCUGCUGUGCAACUGAUGAACCGGAAUGAGACUGGGCAGCUCUCGUCGGAGUCGACACAAGCACCAGCAGGCUCGACUGAGCCAGCCCUGGCUGCCGGUGUUACGGCUGCUACUGCACCAGUCACAAGCGAAGCGCCUAAGACUGAAGCCACCUCUGGUACCGUCCACAGUUCCACCACCGAAGCCCCCAAGACUGAAUCAGCCGUGCCAUCGUCGCCUGCACCGAAAAAGGAGGCCGCAGCCACUCCAGCAACACCUUCGAGUGUUACGUCUACUCCUACCAAGCAGGCAGACACCACCCCUACCAGCAGCCCGAGCGCCAAGGACAAGAAGAAGAAGCACAGAAUCAGCUCAUUGUUCAAGAAGAUCUUGCACUAA